AUUUUUUGCCCAUAUUUAACUUAUAAUAACGGGGAUAUUCAACGUAAUGGUAUACGAACAAACCGAGCAGAGAGUUCGAUCGCCGGCGGUAAUCAGAAUGAAGGAAGACAUACAGAAAAUGGUGGCCGUAGGGCUCGUGUGGGGAGCCACCAACGCCCUGAUCCGCCGCGGAGCACUCGCCUGGGACAAAAAAUCAUCAUCAUCAUCUUCGACGAUAACAGAGUCUCCUCCUCUUCAGAUCCCAUCAACCUUCCGCCGCAAACUCCUCGCCGCUCUCCGCGACUGGAUCAACCUCCUCCUCUUCUGGCAAUACUCCGUUCCUUUCCUCGUAAACCUCUCCGCCUCCGCCGCGUUCUUCGCCCUCCUCGGCGACUCCCCGAUCUCUAUCGCCGUUCCGGUCACCAACGCCACGACCUUCGCCGCAACCGCCGCGUUCGGGGUUAUUCUGGGGGAGGAAACUCAAAUCGGACUUGCUUUGGUAGGUACGAGCUUUAUUGUAUUUGGAAUCUGGCUUUGCGUUGGUCAUUGAUAAUCAGAUCGAUACUGAUCUGAUCUGUGUGAUUGGAACAUUCUAGAACCGUCACUCUGUUUCCUGUGAGAUAUAGAAUUGGUUUCAUUCUUGUUCUAGCAGAGAUAGAUAGUGAUAGUGCUUAUUAAACUGAA